AUGGCUAAAAAAGGUAAGAAGGGAAGCAAAGCCGGAGGCGAUUGGGAAGAUGAUAUCGAAGAUCAACCCGUCGCUGAAGAGUUUGGAGCUUCAGCCGAAACUGAAGGUACUGAGGAAUCCUCCUCAGCUGAGCCAACAGUGGCAUCUGCCGAUGAUCUAUCCGGUGACUUCAUGUCCAUGCUGCGUAAGACAAAGAACAAGAAACAGCAAAAGGAGGAAGAGGUUGCCAAACCUACCGGUGGGCCAGUGAUCAAGUCCAAGAAGGAGAAAGAAAAGGAAAAGAAGGAAAAGGAGAAGCUCCGUAAGAAGCAACUUGCGGAUAAGAAGAAGCAGCAGGCCAAGGAGGCGGCCGGUGCAGACUCCAAAGAAUCCUCGCCAGCUCCGGCUGUUGAGGAAGCACCUGCACCUGUUGCUGCUGCUGCUCCAAAGGGCAAAAAAGUCCCAGCCGCAGUUGCUGCAUUAAGACGUCAAUUGGAGCUCCAAAAACAAGCCGAGGAGGAGCAGCGUCUUCUGGAUGAGCAGGAGGAGAAGCUUGCUGCUGAGGAACAGGCCAAGCGCGAGGCCGAGGAAAAAGAGAAGGAGGAGGCCAGAAAAAUCAAGAAGGAGAAAGAAAGACUCAAGAAGGAACAGCUCAAGGCUGAGGGCAAACUUCUCACCAAAAAACAGAAGCAGGAUAAACUUCUCCAAGAAAGAAGGAGGGAGCAGCUUCUGCUGAACAGCAACAUUGUGAUUGAAGGAUUGCAGAACAAAGAGUCAGCGAAGCCCAAAAAGGUUGUCUAUGGAAAGAAGAAGCCCAAGAAGACUGUUGAAGAGCAAACUCCUGAGCCUGAAGCUGUCAAGGAGACUGCUGGUGCCGACGAAGAGGAGGCUUUGGUAGAAGACUGGGAGAAGAUGGCCCUUGAAGAUGACGAGCCUGUUGCCGACAGCUGGGAAACUGCUCUGGAUGAAGAGGAGCCCAAGUCGGAAACUCCACAAACCGAGGUCGAGGAAGACGAGUCCGAGAAGCCUGCUCCAGUAGAGAAGGUCGAAGAGGUUGCUGUUGUGAAGGCUGAAGAGCCAGUCGUGGAGAUCAAGAGAUCCACCAAACAAUCCAAGAAAAGUCCAGCUGCCUCAACUCCUUCCACCAAUGAUCUUCGUUCUCCUAUCUGUUGUAUCUUGGGUCACGUUGAUACCGGUAAGACCAAGCUCCUGGAUAAGAUCCGUCAGACUAACGUCCAAGGUGGAGAAGCUGGUGGUAUCACCCAACAGAUCGGUGCCACAUACUUCCCAGUUGACGCUAUCAAACAGAAAACCGCGGUCAUGGCCUCUUACGAAAAGAUGGUGUACGAGGUUCCAGGUUUGUUAAUCAUCGAUACUCCAGGUCACGAGUCGUUCAGUAACCUGAGAUCCAGAGGUUCUUCUCUGUGUAACAUCGCCAUUCUGGUGAUCGAUAUUAUGCACGGAUUGGAACAGCAGACUCUGGAGUCCAUCCGUUUGUUGCGUGAGCGUAAGGCACCUUUUGUCGUUGCUCUUAACAAAAUUGACAGACUCUACAGCUGGCAAGAAACCCCAAACAACUCCUUCCGUGACUCUUUCAGCAAGCAGUCCAGAGCUGUUCAACAGGAGUUCGAAGACAGACUUACCAACAUCAAGGUUGCUCUUGCCGAACAGGGUCUUAACUCUGAGCUCUAUUUCCAGAACAGAAACCUGUCCAAAUACGUCUCGAUUGUCCCAACCUCUGCCGUCACCGGUGAGGGUGUUCCAGAUUUGCUGUGGUUGGUGUUGGAAUUGACCCAGAAGAGAAUGAGCAAGCAACUUAUGUACUUGUCCAAGAUCGAGGCUACAAUUCUGGAAGUUAAGGUGGUUGAAGGUUUGGGUACCACGAUCGACGUUGUGCUGUCCAACGGUAUCCUGAGGGAAGGAGAUAGAAUUGUCCUGUGUGGUAUGAACGGUCCAAUAGCAACCAAUAUCAGGGCUUUGUUGACUCCUCAGCCACUGAGAGAAUUGCGUAUCAAGUCUGAGUACGUGCACCACAAAGAGGUCAAGGCCGCUUUGGGUGUCAAGAUUGCAGCCAACGACUUGGAAAAGGCCGUGGCUGGUUCCAGAUUACUGGUUGUCGGUGAAGACGAUGAUGAGGAAGAAAUGUUGGACGAUGUUAUGGACGAUCUUUCGGGAUUGUUGGAUUCCGUCGACAGUUCAGGACGUGGUGUUACUGUCCAGGCCUCUACUCUGGGUUCCCUGGAAGCAUUGCUCGAUUUCUUGAAGGACAUGAAGAUCCCAGUCAUGUCGAUUGGUUUGGGUCCAGUUUACAAGAGAGAUGUGAUGAAGGCAUCGACCAUGUUGGAGAAGGCCAAGGAGUAUGCCGUGAUGCUGUGUUUCGAUGUCAAGAUCGACAAGGAAGCAGAGCAGUAUGCUGAGGAACAGGGAAUCAAGAUCUUCAACGCGGAUAUCAUCUACCACUUGUUUGACUCGUUUACUGCAUAUCAGAAGACUCUCAUGGAACAACGUCGUAAGGACUUCCUGGAGUACGCCAUCUUCCCAUGUGUUCUGAAGACCAUCCAGAUCAUCAAUAAGAGAAAUCCAAUGAUCAUUGGUGUUGAUGUCGUAGAAGGAGCGGUCAGGAUAGGAACCCCAAUCUGUGCGGUUCGUAUCGAUCCUGCCACGAAGGAGAGAAACGUGCUGUUGCUGGGUAAGGUCACCUCUUUGGAGGUGAACCACAAGAGUGAGAACACUGUGAAGAAGGGCCAGACUAACGCCGGUGUUGCUAUGCGUCUAGACAACCCUUCAGCUGCCCAGCCUACUUGGGGACGUCAUGUGGAUGAGACCGACAUGCUCUACUCGUUGGUCACCAGAAGGUCUAUCGACACCUUGAAGGACCCAGCCUUCCGUGACACGGUUUCGAGAGACGAUUGGUUGCUGUUGCGUCAACUGAAGAGUGUGUUUGAUAUUAAAUAA